AUGGACCCCUCCCUCCUCCCGGACCUCGAGCGCUUCAGCAUGCAGGUGACAGUCUACUUCGCCCCCUCCGACCUGCCCAAGUUCUGGGAAGCCUUCAAACCCAUCUUCGACGUCGUGGUGAACGAGCCCAAGAUCGUGUACUUUGAAGUCUUCGAGGACCCGGCGGAGCCUGGUAAAGUCUCGUGGAUUGAGAAUUGGGACGGUUCGCCGAAAUGGUUCAUGACGGAGUUCAUGCCGAGCAGGAUGGAGUAUUAUAAACCCUACCUCGAAGCUACGGAGCCGUUGUUUGUCAAGCCGCGCGAGUUCAGCAUCAAGAAGAGGGUUGGCUUGCCUUAUGUCGUUCAGAAGGAGGGGAAUUUGAAGUAG